GAGUCGGCAGCGGGAGGACUUCCGAGUUGAGAGCGGGGGGAACCCUACUCUAAAAAGGGGACUAGGUAGUCUGUGGCUCGGGGACGGGGUUAUUGGGAGAGUGAAUUGGGUUGGUCGGAGUUUCAUGCAGGACCGGGGUUCCUGGGCACCCCCCUCCUGGUACAGACACUCGAAAUGCCACCAUCGGCAAGGAAAUCGAUCAAGGAGCGCGAGCUGUUCUCCCUGACCUCAUCCUUACCAUGCGCCUCGUGGCUGAAGGUACUGCUGUGCAGCCCCCUACGCUAUCUAUGGAUGGUCCUCAUGGCCCUCACUGUGCUCUGUGUGGCCAUUCAGAUCCUAGGAGUCGUCUGGCAGUCCAGGAACGAUAAGAUGUUGAGCGAGAAGCUCCUGAAUGUGCGGUUUACCAUCGAGAUCCAGGGAACGCUCCCAACGGAGCAGAGGGACUGGGAAAACUUGCGCUCUUCGCAAGCCCCUGUCGUAGAAGAGGAAGUGAGGUCACAGGAGGAAGGAGCGCCUAAACAACCGGCCAAAGAAAAUCAGAAGGUAGCAGAACAUCAAGAUGGCAGAGAUGAGCCAGGAGUGGAGAGGAGACUCCAGGUGCAUCACCGACAUUUAAAGCUCUCAAACACUUUCAAUAAGGUCAAAGACUCCAGGAAAGAGGCAAGGGGUAAAGUUUUAGCAGUAAAGGCAGCCCUGCCCAAAGUCACACUGGGUGAUGAUGGGUUGCAUUUGGGGGUUCCCGGGUCUGUGGUUCUCCAGCUGGGCCACCCAGCUAUCAGAGUGGUAUCUACCCUGUCUCACACACCUCUCCAGCUCCCCUUAACCAAUCAGCUGAAGAGUAGAAACAGCCUUGCCCCUCUAGGCACCAACUCUGUAGUUGCCGGGGUGAUAAGCGAGGUGAAACCGGGUAUUGCCACCUCCACCUGUCGGCCGAAGAACCACAUUGUCUUUCUAAAGACGCACAAAACGGCCAGCAGCACCAUCCUGAACAUCUUGUAUCGCUAUGGCGACAGCCGCAAUCUGACCUUCGCCCUUCCGCUGAACAUGCACAGCCAGCUGUUCUAUCCCUUCUUCUUCGCCUCACACUUUGUGGAGGGAGUUAGGAGCCGCAGUGUCAAAAAGUUCCACAUCAUGUGCAACCACAUGAGGUUCAGACCACCAGAGGUGAGGAAGGUGAUGCCGCAGGACACGUUCUACUUCUCCAUCCUGAAGAACCCUGUCGCCAUGAUGGAGUCCAUCUUCAUCUACUACAAGAGCAUUCCCGCCUUCCACAAGGCCCGCAGCCUGGACGACUUCCUCGACAACGGUUGGCGUAGUUACAACACGUCCCUGCCAAACAACCACUACGCCCGUAACAUCCUGACCUUUGACUUUGGCUUCGACAACAACGUCGCCACAGAGACGCCCGGAGACCUAGAGACGCGGGCCACCACAGCCAUUGGCGCCAUCGAGGAGGACUUCCACCUUAUCCUCAUCUCAGAGUACUUUGACGAAUCCAUGAUCCUGCUCAAGCGCGCCCUCUGCUGGUCUCUGGACGACAUUGUGUCCUUCAAGUUGAACAGCCGGAGCGAGCGCGCACGGAACAUGCUCUCCCCGCACACCGCUGACAAGAUCAGAGCCUGGAACGCCCUUGACUGGCGGCUCUACCUGCACUUUAACGCCACCUUCUGGCAACGCGUGGACACUACGGUGGGGCGUGUGGAGAUGAGGCGGGAGGUGACUCGGCUGCAGGAGCAACGUGCCAAACUAGCCAAAAUCUGCUUGAAGGAUGGUGGUGCAGUGGACCCGUCGCAGGUACAGGACGCAGGGCUGAAGCCCUUCCAGUAUGGAGCGGCCAUCAUCCAGGGCUACAACCUGAACCCUGGGUUAGACGGGCCCACCAAAACACGCUGUCAGAACCUGAUCACUCCAGAGCUGCAGUACACAGACACACUUUACACCAAGCAGUUCCCUGAGCUUGCCACUAGGCAGAGACAGGCCGCCAAACUGGUCGCCUCACAACGUCAGCCUGGUCCAGCCAAGGUCAGCCCAAACAAAGCAGCCAUGGCUGGGCCGGUGAGGGUGAGGGAGGCCCGACACAGUAGGACAGCCAGGAGUGGACCCAGAAACCCGAAUGCCCAGAACCAAAAUGACCCCCACCCAACUGUUCUGUCUAAAAUCACUGCAGAUAGAAGUGACAGAAACAUGCCUUGAGGUGUGGCUCUUUCAACAUAGACUAUGGGACUAAUGGGACAAUCCACAGUAUCUCAUUGGUACUGAGCACAGGGGUCUUUUUAAGCUGAACAACCAAUGGCUUUGUUUUGUCUGUACAGUGAGGACGUUUCGCUGCACAUUAUGCUUACUCUGGCUGGCUGCAGUGCACAGGGCCAGUUCGCUGACUUUGGUGGCACUAGGAUAAGCUCUAGUGUUUCUACCCAACGAUACUCGACCUGUGUGGGUGGAGGGGAUGGAGUUGGGGGAGGAAGAGGAAGAGUAGGAAGGAGAGGGAGAGUGCAACUGGGGUGACUGUCCUGCCUUGACUGGUUGAUUGGAAGUAGCAUCUCAUAAACCCUCUCAUCUAAUCUCUCCCCUUGAUCUUGUCACACACUGAGGUUUAGAAUUUGAACCCUUGGGGUGUACUAUAGUUUGAAAGGGAACAAUACUUGGUCCUAUUGAUUAAACUGAUUGGGGUUGGGUAAGGCCUGUAGUACAGUAGGCCUAUGUACAGUACCAGUCAAAAGUUUGGAGACACCUACUUGUUCCAGAGUUUUUCUUUAUUUUUACUAUUUUCUACAAUGUAGAGUAAUAGUGAAGACAUCAAAACUAUGAAAUAACACAUAUGGAAUCAUGUAGUAAUCAAAAAAGUGUUAAACAAAUCAAAAUAUAUUUUAGAUUUGAGAUUCUUCAAAGUAGCUACCCUUUGCCUUGAUGACAGCUUUGCACACUCUUGGCAUUCCCUCAACCAGAUUCAUGAGGUAAUUACCUGGAAUGCAUUUCAAUUAACAGGUGUGCCUUGUUAAAAGUUAAUUUGUGGAAUUUCUUUCCUUCUUAAUUAUUGCUUUUGAGCCAAUCAGUUGUGUUGUGGCAAGGUAGGGGUGGUAUACAGAAGAUAUCCCUAUUUGGUAAAAGACCAAGUCCAUAUUAUGGCAAGAUCAGCUCAAAUAAGCAAAGAGAAACUAUAGUCCAUCAUUACUUUUAGACAUGAACGUCAGUCUGUAGCGGUAUUAAUUUCAGAAGGGUAAAGAAGAUUUUGUUCGGGCGCCAGGCAGGUAUUAACCAUGCCGAAAGAAAAAUAGUAGAACAGCGAGAGUACCACUACCAGAACCGCACACAUCAGCAGAAGAGACUGCCUAGAGUGUAGCCUGUUGACCAGAUAGCCAGCGGAGAGAAAAAAGAAUACACACCCUAUAGAUCCCACAUCACAUCACAGUCCUUCCACAAUUCUUGGUAACCCCACCAAGCAUACCUCAUAUAACAAUAAUGGCAGAGCAAAUAAACAGCAACUUCAUACAAUAACGAAUGAACCCAGUCAUCACACAGAGGAUUUGCAAUAGUUUGUAUUUUCUUCCUGGGAAGGAGUGCAGAGGGUAUGAAUGUGUGGUGUUCAUAUACACACUAGUCCAGCUCCAAUGAAACUUCAAUGCAUUUAUGAAAAUAGAGUCAGUUGCAGUGUAAAGCACUGGACCAUAGCGGGAAGAGAAAGAGAGAAAGGGAACAAGAGAGGGCUUAGCUGUGGACUUGAGGUUGCAGGUGUACGGUCUGACUGUCCGAUGGGGUGUUGGUUUGUAGUUGAACGCGUCGCAACAAUGUUGCUACUAAUCCCUUUGAUCCAUAACCGUCGCGGUCCCACAUGAGAACAACCACGUCGUCGAGCGAUCACACCGAGGAUUGUUCCAAAAACUGUACAACCACAUACGCUGAAGAUAAACAAACAAACUCUGCAGCAUAACACACACAACCAAAACUGUCGCACCACAAAAUAGCUCCUCCCCAAAAAGCUGAACGAGCUCUUUUAUUUCCUCCUUUCUACUGCUCAUGCGCUCUUAAAGUGGCAGCGCACGGUGAAGGCGCCGUGCAUGAUUUCGCCACACUCCUCCCCCCAUGAAAAAACAAAGCCUGUAGAAACAGAGAGGAUGCAGGCUUUGACAAGUUAAUGUUUCUGCUAUCCAAAACCAGGGAAGUCCUCAUCAUCAGAGUCCUCCACGAAGAGUUCCUGCAGGUGUUGCUUUUGCCUGCGAUCCAGCUCUUCUGCCAUAGGGUAGCAGGGCUUUAGGUCAACAACAUGCACCGUCCUGACAUCUUCCCCAGUGUGUGUAGUAGUCCACUACCACCAGUAAAAUUCCUUUCCGGGUCCCCCGGCUGGGAAGAAAAGGUCCCAUGAGGUCAAUUCACGACAUUUCAUUUGGAUGGUUUACCACGGUCUGCUGCAUUUUUCCAGCAGGUCUGCCAAUGUCUGGUUUGUAUUUCUGGCAGACUUCACACUGCUGUACAAACUUCCGGGUAUCAACCCACAUGCCUGGCCAGUAAACCACCUCUUGUAGUCUUCGAUACGUCUUAAAAACUCCAAGAUGGCCACUCAUGGGAUUAGCAUGAUAAGCAUGGAUUAUCUGGUCACUCAGUGUAGAGGGAAUGAAGACGCGAUAAUGGGAGCUGUGUAUUCCCUCUCCUCUUGGAGUUUUUCGAUACACUUUAUCCUGAAUUAUGCUAUACUUAUCAUUGAAACGACUCUUUGAGUCUUCUUCAGACAGACUCUUGUGGAUCGCCAUGAUGGCAGCAUCCUUCUGUUGUGCUCUCCAUACACUCUCAUCAUCCAGAGGAAAGGAAUCAUCCAGACACUUAGCGGUAGUGUAAGUGCUGCACAAGGGAGGACAAACAUUGGCAGUCUGUGUAAUCCGAGAAAAGGCAUCUGGUACAACGUUCAGUUUUCCUUUGCGAUACUCAAUGAUGAAGUCAAACUUCUGCAGUCGGAUAGACCAGCGAAUAAGACGGCUGUUGGUCUUGCCUGAUGCCAGAACCCACUGCAGAGCAGCGUGGUCUGUGACAACGGUGAAGAUCUUCGCCUCCAAGUAGUAGCUCCAUUUCUCCAAAGCCAAGACCACAGCGAGGCACUCCCUUUCAGUCGUUGAAUAAUUCCUCUCGGCUGAAUUAAGGGUGCGACUUGCAUAGGCAAGAACUUCUUCUGUUCCAAGUCCUGUUUGUUGAGCCAAGACUGCUCCAAGUCCUGUUUGACUUGCAUCCGUGUACACAAUGAAAUGAGCAUUCGAGUUAGGAUGACCAAGCACUGGAGGAGUAAUGAGACUGUUUUUGAGUGCUUCAAAUGCACUUUGGCAUGCAGAGGUCCAUUGGAAUUUCACACCCUUCUUCUUAAGGUGGUUGAGGGGUUCGGCGACCUUUGAAAAGUCAGGCACAAACCUGUGGUACCAUCCAGCCAUACCCAGAAAACGCUGAACAGCUUUGAGGGAUGUGGGAAUUGGGAAUUCCUGCACGGCUGCAACUUUGGCUGGAUCUGCAUGGAUACCUUCAGCAUUAACCACAUGACCAAGGAACUUGAGUUCUAGCAAACAGAAACGACACUUCUUCAAGUUCAAGGUCAAACCUGCAGCCUUUAGUCUGUCGAAGACGGACUGUAUGUCUUUCAGAUGAUCCGCGACAGAGGAAGAGUAGAUUAUGAUGUCAUCCAGAUACACAAGACAAUUUCUACCCCUCAGAUCUCCCAGGACAGUCUCCAUCAACCUUUGGAAGGUUGCUGAAGCAUUCUUCAAACCAAAAGGCAUGACUUUGAAGGAGUACAAACCAGCAGGGGUGACAAAGGCAGUCUUGUCCUGACUAGCGGGAUCCAUUGUCACCUGCCAAUAGCCACUGUUCAGAUCCAGAUGACUAAAGAUAAAUGCUCCUGCCAGAGAUUCCAGUAUGUCAUUUAUGUUUGGUAGAGGGUAGGCAUCGCUUUCUGUUAUGGCAUUCGGCUUCCUGUAGUCCACACAGAAUCGGUUAUCCACCAUCUUUCUUAGGAAUCAGGACAACCGGAGAAGCCCAUCCGGAAAAAGACGGUUCCACAAUUCCAUUCUCCAACAUGCUUUUGAGCAGUUCAUUGAGGAUUGCUAGUUUGGCAGGGGACAACCUGUAGGGACGCUGCUUAAUAGGGUCAUCAUGCCGGGUAUAGAUUUUGUGUUUGAAGAUGGUUGUACGGCCGAGUGUAAGAGUGCAGACCUCACUGUUCAUCUCCAACAUCUGGAAGAGCUUCCAUCAUCCUACAGACAUGCCUGUUGCACUGCUUGUUUGAUGUAGAAAUCAGCAUCAGGUUUGCUUUUGCUCUCGGAUAGAAGGGGGGGUACGGCGGUAAUCAGGGUGAUAGUUGGGUUCUCCGACUUCACUGAUGGAACAUGUUUUUGUUUUUGUCUCUUUAGAUUUUCCCGGUCUCUGACUUGACCAGAACCACACACAUCAGCAGAAGAGACUGCCUAGAGUGUAGCCUGUUGACCAGAUAGCCAGCGGAGAGAAAAAAAGAAUACACACCCUAUAGAUCCCACAUCACAUCACAGUCCUUCCACAAUUCUGGGUAACCCCACCAAGCAUACCUCAUAUAAUAAUAAUGGCAGAGCAAAUAAACAGCAACUUCAUACAAUAAAGAAUGAACCCAGUCAUCACACAGAGGAUUUGCAAGAGUUUGUAUUCUCUUCCAGGGAAGAAGUGCAGAGGGUAUGAAUGUGUGGUGUCCAUAUACACACUAGUCCAGCUCCAAUGAAACUCCAAUGCAUUUAUGAAAAUAGAGUCAGUUGCAGUGUAAAGCACUGGACCAUAGCGGGAAGAGAAAGAGAGAAAGGGAACAAGAGAGGGCUUAGCUGUGGUCUUGAGGUUGCAGGUGUACGGUCUGACUGUCCGAUGGGGUGUUGGUUUGUAGUUGAACGCUUCGCAACAAUGUUGCUACUGAUCCCUUUGAUCCAUAACCGUCGCGGUCCCACAUGAGAACAACCACGUCGUCGAGCGAUCACACCGAGGAUUGUUCCAAAAACUGUACAACCACAUACGCUGAAUACAAACAAAAAAAACUCUGCAGCAUAACCGUCGCGGUCCCAAAUGAGAACAACCACGUCGUUGAGCGAUCACACCGAGGAUUGUUUCAAUAACUGUACAACCACAUACGCUGAAGAUAAACAAACAAACUCUGCAGCAUAACACACACAACCAAAACUGUCGCGCCACCAAAUAGCUCCUCCCCAAAAAGCUGAACGAGCUCUUUUAUUUCCUCCUUUCUACUGCUGAUGCGCUCUUAAAGUGGCAGUGCACGGUGAAGGCUCCGUGCCGGAUUUCGCCACAAGUCAAUACGGAAAAUUUGAAGAAAUUUGAAAGUCACUUCAAGUGCAGUUGCAAAAACCAUCAAGCACUAUGAUGAAACUGGCUCUCAUGAGGACCGCCACAGGAAAGGAAGACUCAGAGUUUUCUCUGCUGCAAAGGAUAAGGUCAUUAGAGUUAACUGCACCUCAAAUUGCAGCCCAAAUAAAUGCUUCACAGAGUUCAAGUAACAGACAUAUCUCAACAUCAACUGUUCAGAGGAGACUGCAUGAAUCAGGCCUUCAUGGUCUAAUUACUGCAAAGAAAACUAAAGGACACCAGUAAUAAGAAGAGACUUGCAUGGGCCAUGAAACACGAGCAAUGGACAUUAGACUGGUGGAAAUCUGUCUUCUUGUCUGAUGAGUCCAAAUUAAACAUUUUGGGUCCAACCACAGUGUCUUUGUGAGACGCAGAGUAGGUGAGCGGAUGAUCUCUGCAUGUGUGGGUCCCACCGUGAAGCAUGGAGGAGGAGGUGCAAUGGUGUGUGGGUGCUUUGCUUGUCAAACUGUCAGUGAUUUAUUUUGAAUUCAAGGCACACUUAACCAGCAUGGCUAGCACAGAAUUCUGCAGCGAUACGCCAUCUCAUCUGGUUUGCGCUUUGUUUUUCAAUAGGACAAUGACCCAAAACAUACCUCCAGGCUCUGUAAGGGCUCUUUGACCAAGGAGAGUGAUGGAGUGCUGAAUCAGAUGACCUGGCUUCCACAAUCACCUGACCUAAAAAAAAUGGAGAUGGUUUGGGAUGCGUUGGACCGCAGAGUGAAGUAAAAGCAGCCAUCAAGUGCUCAGCAUAUGUGGGAACUCCUUCAAGACUGUUGGAAAAGCAUUCCUCAUUAAGCUGGUUUAGAGAAUGCCAAAAGUGUGCAAAGAAGUCAUCAAAGCAAAGGGUGGCGACUUUGAAGAUCUAAAAUAUAUUUUUGUUUAACACUUUUUAGGUUACUACGUGAUUCCAUAUGUGUGAUUUCAUAGUUUUUUUUGUCUUCACUAUUAUUAUACAAUGUAGAAAAUAGUACAAAUAAACAGAAACCCUUGAAUGAGUAAGUUUGUCCAAAAUUUUGACUGGUACUGUAUCUGUCUGUCUGCUAACACCAAAAGACAAACAGUACCUCCACUUUACGACAUCUGGUCUCUCAUUUAGACAGGAAACAUCUCAGGUCUCAAUUCUCGGAGUUGAUAUAAACUUUACUCAGAGAGAAGGUGGCUCAAUUUGGAGGUGAAUAAAAUACAUGAUGGUAUGUUAAACAUGUAGACAUCAUAGGAGGCUGGUGUGGGGAGCUAUAGGAGGACAGGCUCAUUGUAAUUUAGAUUUUAUUUAUGUCACACCCUGAUCUGUUUCACCUGUCCUUGUGAUCGUCUCCACCCCCCUCCAGGUGUCGCCCAUUAUCCCCUGUGUAUUUAUACCUGUGUUCUCUUAUUGUCUGUUGCCAGUUUGUCUUGUUUGUGAAGUCAACCAGUGUUUUUGUUCUCAGCGCCUGCUUUUCCCAGUUUCUCUUGUUCUCACCCUUCUGGUUUUGACCCCUGCCUGUACUGACUCUGAGCCUGCCUGCCGACCUAUACCUUUGCCCCACCUCUGGAUUAUUGACCUCUGCCUGCCCUGACCCUGAGUUUGCCUGCCGUCCGGUACCGUUGCCCCACCUCUGGUUUACUGACCCCUGCCUGCCUUGACAUGUCUAUUGCCUGCCCCUGUUGGGUCUUACCUUGAUUCCUGAUAAUUUUUUAGGAUCCCCAUUAGCCAACAUCAAUGGCAACAGAUACAUUACAGACAAAAGAUUUUACAAUUUACAUGCAUUUAAAAACAUUGACAUGUAGUGGUGUGUGUGUGCAUCUAUCAGUUACACAUACUGUAUCAGUACAUACACACAACCAGUAGGUCACAUGGGGGAGAGGCGUUGUGCCGUGAGGUGUUGCUUUAUUUGUUUUUUGAAACCAGGUUUUCUGUUCACUUGCUCUAUACAAGAUGGAAGGGAGUUCCAUUCAAUCAUGGCUCUGUAUAAUACUGUAUGUUUACUUAAUUUGUUCUGGACCUGGGGACUGUGAAAAGACCCCUGGUGGCAUGUCUGGUGUAGAAAAUGUGUGUCAGUGCUAAACGCCUGGAAUGGAAUCAAUGGAAUGGUACCAAACACAUGGAAACAGCGUGUUUGACUCUGUUGCGUUGAUUAAAUUCCAGUCAUUAGAAGGAGCCCGUUCUCCUAUAGCUCCUCCCAUAAGCCUCUUCUCGUAGACAUUUAAGGGAAAGAUGUAAUAACAGAAAUACUAUUACAAAAUGUUUGACUUAGGAGCACGUCUCAACUCUUUCCAUACCUACCUAAAGAUAGCCAGAGCUUGUAACAUUCUGUAAUAAUAGAUUUGUACAUUAAUUCUCAUGCAGAAAGUUCCUAGAAUUUCCUCAUCCUUUAAGGUUAGAAACUGAGAGAGAUUCAGUUACUAAAGGUAAUUCAGUAACUGGGAGAGAUUCAGUUACUAAAGGUAAUUCAGUAACUGAAAGACAUUCAGUAGGCCACUGUGGAAAAAGAUUCAGUUACCAAGACGGAGCAAUGGACCUCUCGAUUCUCAGAAAUGGGAAUCAAAUUAAAAUGUUACAUUUCUUAGAAGACCAAAUGAUUAGUCUCUUUAAAUUCAAGUGUGCUUUUAAAUCAUACUGCACUUUAGUGUGAAUAUAUAUAAAUGAGGUGUAAAGAAAUGAUCGUAAAAUGGAAAUGUAGAUUUUGUAUGAAGAGAUGAUUUUGUGAUGAAUCCUUAUCACAAUACUUGCCUUUUAAAGUGGUCUGGUAUGUACGUUUAUUUUUCUCAUUGUUGUGACCGGUGAUGUUGCCACUUGGUAAGCACAGAUUUCAAAUUGAAAUGGUCAUAUAAAAGGGUCAUGAAUUAUAAA